ACCUGUUACUGAAACCAUGCUCCACUUCAGACUCAGCAGCACACUGUUUUCUUUUUCAGUAUUGGCAGUGACCUGUUUGCUCGUGACAGCAGAUGUGUCCACAGAAACAGUUAUCACCUGUGACAAUGGCAACGACGUCCAACGUCUAAGUUGUGACACUGGAGUGAUCAGAGUGAAGGCUGCUCUGUAUGGACGAGCAGACAGAGAGACCUGCAGUGAAGGAAAACCUCCACAACAGCUUAGCAACACAAAGUGCUCUCAGCAUGGGACUGUGGACAUCCUCAGGAAAAGGUGUGAUGGCAAGAAAGUGUGUGAACUAAACACAAACAUCGUCCGUACUUCUGAUCCCUGCUAUGGCAUCUUUAAAUAUCUGGAGACCAACUACACCUGCUUCCCAGCAAAUCACUUGGUUACAUGUGAGCACUCUUCAGCAUUCCUGCACUGUGAUGAAGGGCAGGUUAUAUUUGUGUAUGGUGCUGAUUAUGGACGCCGUGACCGGACCACAUGCUCUUACCAACGUCCCACCUCUCAAAUCCAAUAUGUCCUGUGCUCAAAUCCCACGAGCAAAGUGGCUGAAAUCUGUAAUGGGAAGAACAGCUGCACUAUCAGAGCAAGUAACUCAGUGUUUGGAGACCCCUGUGUCGGCACUUACAAGUACCUGGAGGUGGCAUACGUAUGUCAAUAUCCUAUGCCUGAAAUGACAGAGGAGAAACACCAGCAACAACCUGUCAACCCGAAAUGUGUAGAUUGGAUUAGUGAAUGGCCCUACCAGGCAAAGGCUCAGGGGCCUGAGGGGCCAAUUGACCCCUGGAUCAAAGCCUCAAUCAAUCAGAUGACUACACAGACAUUGCUCGCAGCAACGUGUCUACUCACGGCUUCAGGCUUUUCCAGCGCCCAGAACUAUUUUACUCCCACUGCCCUGUCCACAGAGAGGGUGAUCACCUGUGAUGACCCCUACAACGUCCAGCGCCUCAGCUGUGCAGACGGUGGGGUGAUCACCGUGGAGAAAGCUCUGUAUGGACGGGCAGACAGAGAGACCUGCAGUGAGGGCAGACCGGCAAACCAGCUGACCAAUACACAGUGCUCUCAGCAGGGCACUGUGGACAUCCUCAAGAAAAGGUGUGAUGGCAAGAGAGUGUGUGAAUUCAAUGCAAAUGUUGUUCGUACCUCUGAUCCCUGCUUUGGCAUCUACAAAUACCUGGACACCACCUACUCCUGUUUCCCAGCAAUCCACACUGUCGCAUGUGAGAGCUCUUUGGCCAACCUGCAGUGUGAUGAAGGGCAGGUCAUUUUAGUGUACAGCGCUGAUUAUGGACGCCGUGACCAGACCACCUGCUCUUACCAACGUUCUGCCCAUCAGGUCCAAAAUGUGCUGUGCUCAAGUCCCACUAACAAAGUGGCUGAAAGCUGUAACGGGAAAAGCAGCUGCUCUGUCAAAGCCAGCAACUCAGUGUUUGGAGACCCCUGUGUCGGCACUUACAAGUACCUGGAGGUGUCUUACAGAUGUCAGUAUCCUCCGUUUCAACCAGAUCAAUAAAACCAAAAUAACAUCACAAUAUACAUGCUUGGAAUUAAAUAAUAUACACUAAUUACUGGUUUUCAGUGCCUUUGAUUAAUUUUCUCUACUGCAGUUUUAUUUUUUCAGGGUUAGGGCUCAUUUUAUUCACCUGUAACAUUUUCUGUUUUCAUUGUGCUCUUCAAAUAAACUUGCCUUUCACUGACA